AUGAAACUCAUUGAGUACUUUCUGCCAAAGGAGCUAAACCUCCUGGCCCUUUUGGAAUACGCAAUUGCUGUUCCAGUCAUUGCAUUGCUGGCUUAUCUCGUACAUAACGAAUUUACUCGCCACUCCAGCCGUAUCAAGCACCUGCCCGGCCCUCGAGGCUGGCCUAUGGUAGGGAAUCUUUUUCAGCAUCGUGAUGAGAUCCCCGCCGAGACCUACCGGAGAUGGGCCCAGAAGUAUGGCCCAGUCUUUCAGAUCCAGCUGGGCAACACAACAGGCGUUGUCGUCAACUCAGUGGACGCCGCGAAGAAACUCUUUAUCGGGCAAAGAAACGCCAUGAAUUCUCGACCGACUUUUCAUGUGUUCCAUGGAAAGGUCAGCAAGGCCGUCACUAGCAUUGGAACCAGCCCAUGGGAUGAGUCCUGCAAGCGGCGAAGAAAGCUAGCGGCAGCCGGCUUGAAUCGUCCCCGCGUGGAAAGCUAUGCGCCUAUUCUCAACCUCGAGUCUCGAGAGUUUCUCAGAGACUUGUACAAUGAGUCCAAGGACGGAUCUGUCGAGAUCGACUUUCGCCAAGCUGUCACGCGAUUCUCCCUUAACUUAAGUUUAACGUUGAACUACGGAACUCGAGUCUCGAAUGUCAAGUCCCUGCAUGAUGACCCCUUGCUUGCAGAAAUCCUCUACGUCGAAUCCGAAAUCUCAAAGUUUCGGGACACCGCCAAGAACUAUGCCAACUACAUCCCACUGCUAAGGUACUGGGAGCCCAUUGCGUCGUUCCUGAGCCUGACCAGCGCGCCAAAAUCUCACGCAGCCGACAUUGGGCGAAGACGACUUGAGUACAAUGACGUCUUACUCAACAAGCUGAAGGAUGAAGUUGAACGGGGUGAGGAUAAACCUUGUAUCCAGGGUGCCGUACUCAGGGAACCAGAGUCUGCAACAUUGACUCGUGAAGAGCUGAUCAGUGUGAGCCUGAGUAUGAUGGCAGGCGCUGAUUCAAAUCAGCCAACCAUAGCAUGGGCAAUCCUCUUACUCGCUCACCGUCCAGAUAUCCAGGAAAAGGCAUACCAGGCGAUUAAAGAAGCGGACGUCUUGAAUCUACCUUCAAACGCAUAUGCAUCAUCGAAGGUGGAAUACAUCGAUGCUUUGACAAAGGAGAUUGCUCGAUAUUUCGUCGUCCUGAAGCUGGCAUUGCCCAAGGCGACUUAUACAGAUGCGACCUGGGGGCCAGCCACGAUUCCACCGAACACGCUUGUAUUCUUAAACAGUUGGGCUUGUAACAGAGACCCAGAACUUUUCACCGAGCCAGAAGUCUUUGCACCAGACCGCUGGCUUCCGGGCUCUUCAGACUACGCGGCUCACCAAUUCGCAUUCGGCAUCGGUGGGAGAAUGUGUGUAGCGUCACUCCUCGCCCAUCGUGCUCUUUAUACAGUCUUUUUGCACCUUGUCGCCCGGUUCCAGAUAUUUCCGGCCAGUGGGGCAACUGAUGACGAGAUUGAUCCGCUCAAAGGCUUGAAAGGUCGUUCUUUUGUAGCAACGCCGAGAGGUUUCCGGGCACGAUUUGUGCCUCGAGAAGGGCAGGAGUUGGAAACCUGGCUACGAAAGCCAGACGGGGAUGCAUAG